AUGAGCGAAGCUGAUACAUGGUCAAGUAUCUCUACGUCCUCCACAAGUUCUAGACCCAAGAGGUAUCAUUGUACCUAUAAGAAUUGCGAUAAAGCAUACAACAGACCAUCACUACUAGACCAGCAUUUACGUUCACAUACAGGUGACCGACCGUUUCCUUGCUCCUACCCACAAUGCAAUAAGUCAUUUUUAAGGAAAUCACAUUUAGAUGCACAUUUAAUUUCUCAUUCCAGAGAUAAGCCAUUUCACUGUUCAAUAUGCGGCAAGGGUGUCAAUACAGCUCAGCAUUUGAAAAGGCAUGAAAUCACCCAUACCAAAUCAUUCAAAUGUACUUAUGAAGGUUGUAAAGAGUCGUUUCACAAACAUCAAUCACUACGUCAUCAUAUACUUUCUGCCCAUGAAAAGACAUUAACUUGUACCAUUUGCGAUAAGACCUUUACUCGGCCAGCAAAACUUGCCCAUCAUAAGUUGAAGCACCAUGGUGAAUCCCCAGCGUAUCAAUGUGAUCAUCCAGGAUGUUUUGUCAAUUGCAAAACAUGGUCAGCUUUACAAUUUCACGUCAAGCAAGAACAUCCAAGACUAAAGUGUUCCAUUUGUGGUAAAGGUUGCGUUGGAAAACGAGGUUUAAAGUCACAUAUGUUGAGUCAUGAUGAUGCAAUCAAGGUUUGGCAAUGCAAUUAUUGUGAUGUUGGGAAAUUUAAUAAAAAGGCGGAUUUACUUGAACAUUACAACGAAUACCAUGAUGGCAAUGUUCCUCAAGAAAUGCAAAAAUCCUCAGAAAGCAAUAACCAUGGCAAAGAAGAUUAUCACGAAAAACUCCAAAUAUCAAGUUUGAAAAGGUUAAAUACGGCAGUAUCGCCUCAGGACGAAGAAGAAGUCAAGAGUUUAAUCAAGACUGAUAUAAAAUCCGCCACAGCCGAAGCACAGAAAUCAACCACUUUGAUAUCAGCAAAUGGCUCAGUGGCAUCAGAUGUGAAAUCAUCAGAGGUGAUUGACCUAAUACUGAAAGAUUGUUCAAUUAAAAUAAAAUGUCCUAAAACUAAAUGUGAUCGCGUAUUUGGUAGAGAAUACGAUUUACAGCGACAUUUGAAAUGGCAUGAAGAGAAUUUGAAAAAAGUUGAAUUGUUUCUUGAUAAUUUACAGCGGGGGCAAGAGAUGGAACCCUUGCAAAAGAAAAUCAAACUCAAUGUAAAAGAGGCCGAAUCUGACUGGGAUGAAUACAAUAAUGAGGAUGCUGAAUUUGACAGUGCUCUUGAUGAAGAAUUGAAUUCCCCGAUUACUACAGAUGAUACUUAA